AUGCUGAGGACCGCCCUACUAGGCUUCGAGUCCCCCUUGCGCCAGGCGACGGCUCGCGGCUUCACAAGCUCCAAGCUCAGCUCGCGUCUGCUCAAUGCGCUGCACCCGACAGCGCGUUCUCAGCUGCUACACAGACGCCCCAAUGCAGCGGAGCAGCAAAUUCGACAACAAUACCAUUAUCGCUCGAGUAGCCGACGCGAGAGUCGUGCCGUCUCGGGCGAUGUGGUGGUGCUAGGCCUCAUCUCCGCCAACGCCGCGGUCACCAUCGGCUGGAUGCGCACACAGGCUCCAUCACCGAGACACCCGGCACAGCAGCUGCGCAGUUUCCAGCCAUCUAUGAGGACAAUGCUCACGCACUUCACCACGUCCACGCAGCACCUGCAGGAUGGGCGAUACUACACGCUGCUGACCUCCAUGUUCAGCCAGGCGACUCUAGGGCAUUUGGGCGCCAAUAUGCUUGGGCUUUACUUCUUUGGAAGACAGUUGUGCGACUUGCUGGGCCACAGGAAGUUUCUCGGACUGUACCUCGCGAGCGGCGUGCUCUCGUCCGCUGCGGCGGUGUAUGAACAGCACUUGUCCGGACGACUGACCUACAAUCUAGGCGCGAGUGGAGCAGUAAACGCCAUCACGGCCAUGAAUAUUUUGCUGCUCCCGCACGGCACGCUCCUCAUCUUCGGCAUCAUUCCCAUGCCAGCGUGGCUCGGUGGUUCGCUCUUCAUCUUCAAGGACGCGUACUCGUUCGCGACAGACCGACAGGAUGGCAUCGGCCAUGUGGCACACCUCAGUGGUGCGGCCGUUGGAGCGGCGUACUACUACUACCUGCGUCGCGGAGGUUUCCGCAGCUUUCGUCGCUUCUGA